GUUUUGAAGAUGUAACGGACGAGUAACGUAACGAGCCGCGUAACGGACCUCCAGUCGGCGAAUUCACCACGUAACUCUCUGAAAUGCGUAGCGAGUGGCAGACAACUGCAGUGGGGUCGUUUUUUUUAUUCACGUUCCGGGGCCGCGCCAUCAGGCUGUGUGCUCUGUAGGCUUUUCUCUCGGUGAAACACACCGAGGGAUGCGCGACCAGCCAGCACCAUCCUUCGCAAAUCUCGGCAGGAGGUGACUCGAUCGGCAUAUGAAAUCCUCCGGGGCAACACCUGGAGCAUAGAGCUGCUCUGCCUACCUACAGAUAUUGGAUCAACCAAUAACAAUGCAUGGCCUCUAAGCAGCCAAUCAUGGCUCACAGGAAGAGGCCAGGGACCAGCGGAGGAAACAGUAUGGCCGCUCCAGUCCCCGCCCCCUGUUCCGCCCCUCAUCCUACAGAGUCACGUGAUCUGAAAGCUCUCCCCCCUCGGCCACGCCCCAUCCGCUACCCCAAAGAGUCACAUGACCAAAAACCUCUUCCUCGAUCUUGUAAGGCACAAUACUCCUCCCCAAAAGCCCAAGACUUGGCACAUAACCAGCCGGAAGGGGUUGUAGAGGCUGAAGUGGAAGAGACGCAUUACCACAGCCAGCCAGACCCAGAGCUGGAGGACCAGCGGCCAGCGACGCCCUGUACACCGGAACAUGAGCAUGACCAAGAUGACCACGAACAGGCAGACUUCCACGGUGGAGCGGACAGCCUGGAUGAAGACUCCAGCUCCGACUACAUCAACAACACUUCAGAAGAUGAGGAAGAUUACGAUGACGGUCUGGCAGAAGAGGACGAGGGUGUGACUUACUACAUCCGCUACUGCCCAGAGGAUGACAGCUACCUGGAGGGUAUGGACUGCAGCAGCCAGGGAGAGUGCAACCACGGCCACAGCCACAGCCACAGUCAGGGAGACUGCACCAGCACCGCCCAGCCGGGUGGAGCCCACACUGACGAAUGUCAGGAGGCUGUUGAGGAGUGGGUAGAGGAGGCAGAGAGAGAUGGGGAGGUAAGGGAGGAUGAGUGGGUGGAAGACGAGGAGGGGGAAGGUGAGGUUAGGGAAGAGUGGAGAGAGGAGGAAGAGGUGAGGGAAGAGUGGAGAGAGGGGGAAGAGGAGGUGAGGGAGGAGUGGAGGGAGGAGGGGCAAGUCAGAGAGGAGGAGUGGGUGGGGCGAGAGAGGCACAGGGUGGAGGAGUGGGGUGCGGGAGAGGGGGAGGUCCGCUGUGAGGUGGUGGAGCAAGAUCCAGAUGAACAGAUAUACAAUGGACGACCAGAACCCAUUCUGGACCACCACCACCAUCAUCAUCAUCACCACCACCACCACCAACCCUCCCUACAGGACACCUUGCAUCCCCGGCAGGUUGUGGGGGAGGAAGAGGAGGAGGUGGAGAGUGAGGAGUACUGCCCUAAUGAGGAAGAAGACGAGGAAGUCGAGGAGGAGGAGAGACAUGGACAGGCCUACACUGGAGACUACUAUGCCCCCGAGGACAAUGGGAACUCAGUGCGGGUGUCUCCGUACCGCAGCCGCAAGGUGCUGGUGGUGGAGGGGGAGACAGGGGAGGAGGCGGAGGAGGACAUUGACCAAAUUGUUGCCGAGAUCAAGAUGAGCAUGAGCAUGGGAAGUCUAAGCAGUGGCACCGACCAGAGUCCAGAGGAGCUGGUGCAGGACCCCGCACCCAGCGACUACACACAUGCCAAGCCGGACGCAGCCCCCUACCCGCCACCUCACCACCGCCAUGACAGCAGGCCCAAGUCCCUCAACUUGCCGUCCACACGCCACAAUAACCCCGACCUCCAGAGGGGCUUCAAGGUGCACCCACGCUCCCCUGAAGACAGGCAGAGAUGGCCACAGGAGGUGAGCAACGGUGCAGAACAACCCAGAAAACAGCAGCGCUCCGACCUCAACGUCCCCCUAGAGAAUAACAAUGUACCAGAGCCAACAAAGAAGGCUGCGUCAUUCCCCAGCUUUGUUGAUGUCCCAGGACCCUGCGAGCCAGAGGACCUGAUUGAUGGGAUUAUCUUUGCUGCUAACUACCUGGGCUCCACUCAGCUGCUGUCUGAGAGGAACCCCUCAAAGAACAUACGCAUGAUGCAGGCCCAGGAGGCUGUCAGCAGGGUCAAGAGGGUUCAGAAGGCUGCCAAAAUCAAGAAAAAGGCGAGCGCAGAUGGAGAUGCUCAAACCCUCACUGAGGUGGACCUGUUCAUCUCCACCCAGAGGAUCAAAGUUCUCAAUGCAGACUCACAGGAAACAAUGAUGGACAAUGCACUACGUACUAUAUCCUACAUUGCUGAUAUUGGGAACAUCGUAGUUCUGAUGGCACGACGCCGGAUGCCACGUACCGCUUCCCAGGACUGUAUCGAAACCACACCAGGGGCCCCUGAGGCGAAGAAGCAGUACAAGAUGAUCUGCCAUGUCUUUGAGUCUGAGGACGCCCAGCUUAUAGCUCAGUCCAUCGGCCAGGCGUUCAGCGUAGCUUACCAGGAGUUUCUGAGAGCCAAUGGCAUCAACCCUGAGGACCUGAGCCAGAAAGAGUACAGUGACAUCAUCAACACCCAGGAGAUGUACAAUGAUGACCUCAUUCAUUUCUCCAACUCGGAAAACUGCAAAGAGCUGCAGCUGGAGAAGAGCAAAGGUGAGAUCCUGGGUGUUGUGAUAGUGGAGUCCGGCUGGGGCUCCAUCCUGCCCACAGUCAUCUUAGCCAACAUGAUGAAUGGUGGACCUGCAGCGCGCUCUGGCAAGCUCAGCAUCGGAGAUCAGAUCAUGUCCAUCAACAACACCAGCCUAGUGGGGCUGCCGCUCGCCACCUGUCAGGGAAUCAUCAAGGGCUUGAAGAACCAGGUCCAGGUCAAACUGAACAUUGUCAGCUGCCCUCCUGUCACCACCGUCCUCAUCAAGAGACCAGAUCUUAAAUAUCAGCUGGGCUUUAGUGUCCAGAACGGCAUUAUAUGCAGCCUGAUGCGGGGAGGCAUUGCAGAGCGAGGUGGCGUCCGUGUCGGCCACAGAAUCAUAGAGAUCAACGGGCAGAGUGUGGUGGCCACAGCACAUGAGAAGAUUGUCCAGGCUCUUUCGAACUCUGUUGGCGAGAUCCACAUGAAGACGAUGCCAGCGGCCAUGUUCAGACUCCUAACAGGGCAGGAGACCCCUAUGUACAUAUAAAUGAUGGACAAGGACCAUUCUGAUUGGCUAUCAGAGUCUUGAGAGGGCAAACCAAGCUGACCAAUGACUGGGGGAGGAUGGCUUCUCCUCGUCAAGACAGUCAUUUACCUUUUUGUUUCCAGCUGAAAUGUUUAUCACCCCCCCUUUCCCUGUGCUUAACAUGCAACGGCCAUUCCAUUGACACUUGAGAUGCUUCGCCCAUCUGACCAGCUGAAGAUUCGGUGUGUGUGGAUAUUGUUUAUGUUAUUUAUUUGUCUCGUCUGUGCUUUUGUGUGUCAGUUCAGUGAGACUGUAUGGAACGAUCGCGUGACUGCAUCACAAUUUAUUUUUUAUAUUCAUAUAAUGUAAUAUGGUACUUCUACUGUACUUCUUGUAUACAGUUUCAUUUUCUUCUGUUAUUUAUUUCUCAUGUAAAUACAUAUUUUGCUAAUAUUGCAACUGAAGGAAAUCGGAGAGGGCCACGGUUGCGUUGUAUAUAUUUACUGAAUCUUCCUUCUUCCUUCUUCCUUCUUCUUUGAUUUAAUAGCAGACAGUGAUGACGGCAAAGACACAAUUUUCUGCUGGUUAUCCUAGUAGUUGCCUGUGAAAAGGAAGGUUUUGAGGAAUCAUUUUAGUGUUUCAAAUGUUUGGGUUAGGUAUGCUAAGUUGAUUGAUGAUGUAAUGUACCUGUGAAUCAAACCGAUGCUUGCAGCAGGGGUUUUAAGGGAGAAAAUGCCAUAUCCUACUGAUUUUCUUUGUUUUAGGGCAAUACAAAAGUUCAAACUCUGAAUGGCAAGUCUUUUCUAAAUCCCAUGUACAAACAGGACACUCACACACUCACACCUGCGGAACAAGCAGCUCAAAGGGAAUAUGCAUUGAUUAUGCUUUUGAAAUCAAAGUCGUGUAUGAAAAAUGAAGUUGCAUUUUCUUUUAUGUGCUAUUCUACUGUAUGUUCAUCUUAAGUGUUUCCUGAUUGAAAUGCAUACUACGAGUGGAUUGUGAAUGUUGUGUUUGUGUGAGCUGUUCCAUUGCCAUAAGCAGUAUUAGAAUGUCUGUACAUAAAAGGAAACUUGUCUAGUAUUGUGCUCAUGUAAAAAAAAAAAAAAAAAAAAAAAAAGAGGAAAAAAAAAAUCACACGGUUUAAUCACUGCAAACAUGUUCCCCUCCUGUACGUCAGCUUUCAGCCUUGAGAGAGAAAGAGAGAACUGUGAAUCACACACUGUGAUAGAAAAAGCCUUACCGCUGAGUAACGGUUUUACAAUGCAUUGUACUAAAAAAUCUAACCAUAUGAACAUUAUCUGUGUGCAUGCCUCUUAAAAUAGUAUCAAGUCAUUGUGGCAAGAUAAUAAAAUCUAAGUUAAA